CCUUGCUGAGCGACAGCACCGAGACUGGUCCCCAGGGGCCCCAGGCCUGGCUAGUUCCUGAGCCGGUCUUGACCGGAACAAAGCAGAUGAGGACCCGAGUAUGAUGCAAAGUGACAGCGCUCGGCUGCGAGGCCCGGGAACUCACAGGAGCUAGGCCAGCUGGCCCAAAGGCUGACUUCAGGGCUAUGGCAGAGCUUUCUGAGGACACCUUUCCUGAUGAGGUACAGAGUUCUGGCUCAUCCAGCUCCUCUGGAGACCCGCAGCCCUGGCCCCCUGCCUCUGAGAGCACACCUGAGAGUGGAAAGCCGAGCACACCCUUGGAAUAUCGAGACACACAAUCUGAGCUUCCAGACUACAAAAAUAAUGAAAAGUUCUGUAAAAAAUGGAUCGGCUAUCUCAAGGGCAAAGAAACCAACUCCGGACAGUACCAACCAGACGCUAAACCUCAAACAGAAGUCACUCGGGUAUCCGAUGAAGAAAUGAAUGCUUUGCAGUCUUUUUGCGCCGUUAAGAUAAGCCUGAUCCGUCGUAGAGCAAACUUGAGGGAGAAAAAGAGCAACAGACCAAAAAAGCCACCGCUUAGAUGGGAUGCAGGGGCUGCAGAGGCAGAUGCCGUGAACUGUUCUGUGCCCGCUGAACUUUUGAACAGAAUCUACUUAAAAAACAUAAGGACAGAGCCGAAACAGGUGGCAACAGAUAAGCAACACAUUUCUUCUCAGUGCCCCAGCUGCAACAGAAAAAGGGCAGAACUGGCUCAAUCGGCCUUUCUGAGACGGAAGAAGACUUUACUGGAGUCAGUUCUACUCCAAGAGAAAAUAGAUGAUCAUCUUUAUACCAAAGACUUUCUUACCCUUAUUGGAGAUGCACAUCAGAGCCUCCCCAGGCUUUCAGAUGAUCCCAGAAUAAUCUGGAAAAGACUGAAUGAGAAAAGUCAGAUCAGAUACUCUGGUUGUGUAAGGUCAGAUACAGAGCAGGUGUGGCAGAAUGAAAAAAGUGUUUGUCACUUACCUGUUCUUCAUCACCUGUCCAAACCACUUCCUCUAUCCAAACAGGACAAACUGUUUAUUAAUGAUAAUGUGUAAUGUU